CAAUAGUCAAUGGCAAUUACACAACUUGUUCUUAUCUAAUUCCAAAUUCCUUGGCAUUUGGGGAUCUCAAAGCCCACACUUCCAGCCAAGCACUAACCUCCACGUACCUUAAUCAAUUCCAACUUCUCCUCUGCAUCUUACAGCGGCAGUGAAAGGGUGAGACUCGGCGGAUUCACAGAGUUUCCAACUCCAAAAACCCAAAACUCUUGCCUUUUCGAGGCCUAGAGAAGUCGAGCUUGAUACUAUUUAUAAGUAACAUCCAAAUUCACAACAAAAAAACAAAAGUUGCAAUCCUUUUGUAUGUAUCUGGCAGUCCGGCAUCAUCAGACGGCCGCUAACGGUUGCAGCAUUUGAAGUUUCGAGUUUGAUCAAACCAACGCUCGAAUCAUCGGAAAAAUGGAAGUAGAGAGCAGAGUCAUGGAACCCGGGUCUCCGAAAUUCGCGCUGCCGGUGGACUCAGACCACAAGGCCACAGAGUUCAGAUUGUUCUCGAUUGCCAAACCCCACAUGCGGGCGUUCCACCUGUCUUGGUUUUCCUUUUUCCUUUGUUUUGUGUCCAGCUUUGCUGCUCCGCCGCUUAUCCCCAUCAUCCGCGACAACCUCAACCUAACCGCCAGCGACAUCGGCAAUGCCGGGAUUGCGUCUGUGUCCGGCGCUGUGUUCGCCCGAAUAGCCAUGGGGACAGCGUGCGACUUGUUCGGUCCGCGGCUUGCCUCCGCCACACUCAUCCUCCUCACUGCCCCUGCAGUCUACUUCACUGCAAUUGCGUCGUCCCCCAUGUCUUUCCUCCUCGUCCGCUUCUUCACCGGCUUCUCUCUCGCCACCUUCGUCUCGACCCAGUUCUGGAUGAGCUCCAUGUUCUCUCCCCCCGUAGUAGGCACCGCCAACGGCGUCGCGGGCGGGUGGGGAAACUUGGGGGGCGGAGCAACGCAACUCAUCAUGCCGGUAGUGUUCGGCUUCAUCAGGGACAUCGGCGCCGUCAAGUUCACAGCUUGGAGAAUCGCGUUUUUCAUCCCUGCCCUGUUUCAGACACUGUCAGCAUUCGCCAUCCUGAUAUUCGGACAGGACAUGCCGGACGGAAACUUCUACGGCCUCCAUAAAUCCGGCGAAAAGCCCAAAGACAAAUUCUCGAGCGUGUUCUACCACGGCGUCACGAAUUACAGAGGUUGGAUUCUGGCAUUGACGUACGGAUAUUGCUUUGGGGUGGAGCUAGCGGUGGACAACAUCAUAGCGGAAUAUUUCUACGACAGGUUCGAUCUGAAACUCCACACGGCCGGGAUGAUCGCGGCGAGUUUCGGGUUGGCGAAUAUUGUUUCAAGGCCCGGAGGUGGGAUUCUGUCGGAUGUUGUGGCGAAGAAGUUUGGGAUGAGGGGGAGGCUGUGGACUCUGUGGGUGGUGCAGACCACGGGAGGUGUUUUGUGUGUGAUUCUUGGGCGGGUGAAUUCUUUGGUUGGAUCCAUAGUUGUCAUGAUUUUGUUCUCCGUGUUCGUCCAAGGUGCUUGUGGGCUUACAUUUGGUGUGGUUCCAUUUGUCUCUAGAAGGUCAUUGGGGGUCAUAUCUGGAAUGACAGGAGGUGGUGGAAAUGUGGGUGCAGUUCUGACCCAACUGAUAUUCUUCAAAGGAUCAAAAUAUUCAAAAGAAACAGGAAUAACCCUAAUGGGGAUCAUGAUCAUAUGUUGCACCCUCCCGAUGACUUUGAUCUAUUUUCCCCAGUGGGGUGGCAUGUUUUGUGGUCCAUCUAAGAACAAGGCCACAGAGGAAGACUAUUACAUGUCUGAGUGGAGCUCCAAGGAGAAGGAGAAAGGCUUUCACCAGGCAAGUGUGAAAUUUGCUGAGAACAGCAGAAGUGAAAGAGGAAAAUCAGACUCUGUUACCCGACCCUCUGAUGAGAUUUCACCGCCGCAUGUUUGAUUUACUGCAUGCCAUCGUUAAUGAUCUCAAGUUGGGAAUUCAAAAUUUAUGUGUGUAUACCUAUUAAAUUGUUCAAAUAUGUACUGUUUUAGUAUAUAAGUAAAUUAGUAGUUUCGAUUACGUGCCAUUGUGCCAGUAUUUGUUACAAGCAAGGAAAAUUUAUCUAAUUAAGUAUAGUUUUAUUUAGUUAGAAAUCUUCUGUGCCGGAUAUCUGUCUUUUCAUAAUUGACAUCUAUAUAUUGGCGUGUUAUGUAAUAAUAUUAUCAAUGAUUUAUUUAUACAA